GCCAGACGCCGCGGAAGCGGGGCAGAAGAGACCGGCAGGAGUUGGAAAGAGCAGUCAUUGCAUUUGGCAUUGGGAAUCUAGGAAGGCAGCUGUGCACAGCCCUUCUGCAGCAUAGUACAACCUGACCCGGAAGAAAAGUAGGAAGAGAGGGAGUUAAUGGUUUGAAGAGGAUUGCAGUCAUUCUGAGAGCUCUCAGUUUUCUCUGUUCUCAGGUUUUGAUUGUAUGUCAACUCAUCGCAAUCUAUAACAGAGGGAAGUGAAGUCUCUUUGUGAAGUUUUCUGAAGCAGGGUCUAGGCCCGAAACGUCAGCUUUCCUGCUCCUCUGAUGCUGCUUGGCCUGCUGUGUUCAUCCAGCUCUACACCUUGUGAUCUCUUUGCACCAUGCUGGGAGGCAAAGUGACCCUGGCGACCUGCGCUUUGAACCAGUGGGCACUAGAUUUUGAAGGAAAUUUUCAAAGAAUUUUGAAAAGUAUUGAAAUAGCAAAAUCAAAAGGUGCAAAAUAUAGACUUGGACCUGAACUGGAAAUUUGUGGGUAUGGCUGCGCUGAUCACUACUUGGAAUCUGAUACAGUACUUCACUCAUUUCAAGUACUAGCAGAACUCUUGGUCUCUCCGGCCACUGAAGACAUAAUGUGUGAUGUAGGAAUGCCAGUCAUGUACAAAAACACCCUCUACAACUGUAGAGUGAUAUUUCUCAACAAGUAAGUUGUUCUUUACUGUACUGAUACUGUUCCAUUUGGUGAUGCUGUCAUUGAGACGAAGGAGACCUGCCUGGGCAGUGAAAUCUGUGAGGAGCUCUGGGUUCCCAACAGUCCCCACAUUACCAUGGCGAUGGAUGGGGUUGAGAUAUUUACCAAUUCUUCGGGGAGCCAUCACGUCCUUCGGAAAAAUUACGUGAGGGUUGACCUUAUAAAGUCAGCGACAGCAAAGAAUGGUGGUAUUUAUCUCCUUGCCAACCAGAAAGGCUGUGAUGGUGAUCGCCUGUAUUAUGAUGGCUGUGCAAUGAUUGCUGUCAAUGGACAUCUUGUGGCUCAAGGAUCCCAGUUUUCCUUGGACGAUGUGGAAGUUAUAACAACCACUCAGGAUUUGGAAGAUGUAAGAAGCUACGAUGCAAUCAGGAUAUCUGCAAGAUUAAUGGCAACUGAAGUACAGCUCUAUCCUCGGGUGAAAGUCGACUUUGCACUUUCGUCAGUUGGUGAUGUCUAUAUGCCCUCCAUUGAACCCAUUCAGAUCCGGUACCAUACACCUGAGGAAGAAAUCAGUCUUGGACCGGCCUGUUGGUUGUGGGAUUAUCUGCGACGUAGUUCACAGGCUGGAUUUCUUCUACCUCUUAGUGGUGGCAUUGAUAGCUCAGCUACAGCCUGUAUUGUCUAUUCCAUGUGUCAUCAGGUGUGCCUUGCUGCAAGUAAUGGAAAUCAGCAGGUGAUUGAAGAUGCCCGGAGGAUAGUGAAUGAUCCUCAGUAUGUCCCCAAGGACCCACGGGAAUUUUGUAACCGUAUCUUUAUCACCUGCUACAUGGCAAGUGAGAACUCUUCACGAGACACUUGCAAUCGAGCCAAAGAGUUGGCAGAGCAAAUAGGCAGCUAUCACAUAAACUUGAACAUUGAUCCGGCAGUGAAAGCUGUGAUGGGAAUAUUCCGCCUAGUAACUGGUAAAUCUCCACAGUUUGCAGCUCAUGGUGGCAGCAGAAGAGAAAACCUGGCCCUACAGAAUUUACAGGCAAGAAUUCGCAUGGUCAUCGCUUAUCUCUUUUCUCAGUUAUGUUUGUGGACUUCUGGAAAGCCUGGAGGCUCAUUGGUUCUUGGGUCAGCCAAUGUCGAUGAGAGCCUUCGCGGAUACUUGACCAAAUACGAUUGCUCCAGCGCUGAUAUCAACCCAAUUGGUGGCAUCAGUAAGACUGAUUUAAGGAGCUUUAUACAGUACUGUAUUGAAAACUUCCAGCUCACCGCACUGAGAAGCAUCAUGUCUGCUCCACCAACGGCUGAGCUGGAGCCACUUUCAGAGGGACAGACAUCUCAAACUGAUGAGGCUGAUAUGGGGAUGACAUACACAGAACUGUCUGUCUUUGGGAAACUAAGAAAGAUUGCAAAAUGUGGCCCUUACAGUAUGUUCUGCAAAUUGCUGUACAUGUGGAAAAGCAUCUGUACUCCAAGGCAGUAUCGUACUAUCAAUCAUCGAGUAGAUUCACGGUCCUUACGGCUUUAUCGGUGGUACUACUCUGACGCUUAUCAGUGGUAA